GACCUUAAUCAUAAUAUGUUAAUUUAAAAUCGUUAAAUAAAACAUUUUAUCAAAUAUGGAACAACAGAGCAAUCCCAUAAAUCAAGCAAAGACCGUUGAUAGUAGCAAAAAUGGCGGGAUCCCUUUAAAUGCCCAGAUACAGGGCCAGAUCGGUACUAGCCAGCCCACUGUUUCAAACUCAGUUUUCUUGUUCUAUUCACCCCAGAGCAACCCCACCCACAAGCCUAGGGCCUGGAAAAGGGAAGGUCGAGACAAAAGGACCCCUCUUGUGCAUCCUAAAUUCACAACUGGUAGCGUCAAGAGGAAGGAGGAACAGGACCAGAACACUACAAUUGUCACUGCAAGCUUGGAAAAGAGAGGAAGAGGAAUUGGUGUUGAUGGAGAGCAAAUCAUUGUAUCGUCAGGCACUGCUAUGCAAGCCUGCCGCUCGUCGAGAAAUAAACGCAAAAUGAAGUUUCGGUUUGAAGAGAUGUGGCUGCGUAAAGAGGAAUGUCAGGAAGUUGUAUCAUCUAGCUGGUCCUCCGUAACUGGGUAUGAAGGUUGGAACACUCUCAUACAAAAAGUCCAAUCUUGCUCCUCUGCGCUAACAACCUGGAACUCUACAAAGUUUGGUAAGGUGCAGAAGCGUUUAAGGCAAUGUAUGAGGAAGAUUAAUGCUUUGCAACAACAACCUCAUUAUGAAAUUGUGAGCCACAAAGAGCGGCAGGUGCUAGCUGAGAUGGAGGAAUGGUUAGAGAGAGAGGAGAUUAUGUGGAGGCAACGUUCCCGUGAAAUAUGGAUCCAAGAAGGAGAUCGUAACACCCGGUUCUUCCACAGCUAUUUUACCUCCCUAUUUGAAACAACCCAGCCAGUGGAUAUAAGCCAUGUUACGAAGUGCUUAAGCCUGUGCGUACUAGAGGUUGAUAAUAACUACUUAACUAGUGAGUUCACUGAGGAGGAAGUCUCAAAAGCUCUAUUCCAAAUGCACCCUUCAAAGGCCUCUGGCCCAAACGGUUUAUCACCUGCCUUUUUUCAACAUUUCUGGGGCCAGAUUAAGGAUGAUAUACUCAAGCCAUGUUUGCAAUUCCUUAAUCAUGGAGUGGAGUUUCCACCUGCACUGAACUUUACACAUGUGGUGCUCAUCCCAAAGUGCAAGGAUCCAAAAAUCAUGUAUAAUCUUAGACCCAUCAACCUCUGUACUGUCAUCUAUAAGGUCAUAGCUAAAGUGCUGGCUAAUAGAUUCAAACAGAUCUUGCUAAGGGUUAUAUCCCAAGAAAAGAAAGGAGCAAGGGGAUGGUAUGCCUUAAAGUUAGACAUGAGCAAAGCUUUCGACCGUGUGGAGUGGCCUUAUUUAGAAGCUGUAAUGAAAGCACUUGGGUUUGCAGAAACUUGGGUCCAGAAAAUUAUGGCAUGUGUGUCCUCAGUACAGUAUGAGAUGUUGUUGAAUGAGGGGUUAACAGCCAUGAUCAAGGAGGCUGAGAGGAGAGAUUUCUUGCGUGGAGCAUCAGAAUUGGGGGCUCGAAAUUUGUUGGACAUCCUCAAGAAGUACGAAGCAGCAUCGGGCCAGAUGGUUAAUCUAUGCAAAUCUUCUGUCACUUUUAGUCCAAAUGUCGACCAACAGACCCGUGUUAAGAUUCUUGAUGUUCUGGGAAUGGAAGAGACAAAAAAACCCAAGGAGGUAUCUCGGCUUCCCAUCCCAAGUCGGGAAGUGUUAAUAAAGUCUGUGUUACAAGCUUUGCCUAUGUAUGUUAUGAGUACCUUUCUCCUCCAUACGAGGCUUUGUACAGAAUUGGAAAGGAUUAUGAACAGGUACUGGUGGGGUGGAGGAGAUGAUGAGCACAAGAUCCACUGGAUGGAGUGGAGACGGCUUGCGAUCCCAAAGAAUAUGGGGGGCCUCGGAUUUCGAGCCUUGCAUGAAUUUAACACUGCUUUGUUGGGGAAGCAAGGAUGGCGAUUGCUUGUCAAUUCUGAUUCGUUGGCUGCAAGAGUCUUGAAAGCGAAAUAUUUUCCUCGAUCUGAUUUGUUACAUGCUAGCCUUAAGCCAUCCUGUAGCCUUACAUGGAGAAGUAUUUGGCACUCACUGGAUCUUUUGAAGCACGGUUGCUGGAGGCUGAUCGGAGAUGGUCGUAAUACACGGAUUUGGAGUGACCCAUGGAUCCCAGGUAACUCUCAAUACUAUGUUCAAUCGCCCCAACCGGAGAACUGUGAUCUUGAAUAUGUCCGUGAUCUUAUUGAUGCUGACACUCACACUUGGAAAAGAGAUCUAGUUAUGGAAACUUUCAAUUCGCAUGAGGCCCAACUCAUUUUGUCCCUUCCAUUGAGUUGGAUGGGGCAACAUGAUAGCUGGGGGAGGCGUCUAUGGUCCCUUGAUAUUCCUGAGAAAGUUCACUUGCUGUUGUGGAGUGCCUAUUGCAAUAUCUUGCCCACUAAGGACAACUUGCACCAUCGACAGAUAAUGGUAGAUCCUGAAUGCCCAGUGUGCGAUUUGGAGCAGGAAUCUGUAUUACAUAGCCUCAUGUCCUGCCUUGCUGCUCAAGCUGUUUGGUUGGGGUGCCCUUUCACUCUUAAGGUGUUUGAGCUUGGCAUAGAGACGUUUGCAGCAUCCUUUGACAUUGUGGUAGAGGUCUUGGGGACAGAACACUUGGAGCUUUUCUGUGUGGUGUGCUGGAAGCGAUGGAAUUGCAGGAACAAUGCCCUGUGGAAUGGUAAGAUCACCAGCCCUCAGGUUAUUGUUGAGCAGAGCCUCCUUUUUCUAAAUGAGUAUAGAUGCUUGACAAUUUCAAAGGGGAGAGGAGCUACGGUAGUCCAACGCCACACAGAAACGAGAUGGCAACCGCCAGGAGAAGAACUCGUAAAAAUUAAUGUGGAUGGGGCGACAUCCGAUGAGGAGCGUGUGCAUGGGAUGGGUGCAGUUGCGCGAGACUCUUUGGGUGAAGUGAUGGCAGCUAUGGUUUGUAAGGGACAAGGUCUAGUGCCUGCUGAGAUUGCCAAGGCUUGCAGCCUGCAGCAAGCCUUGCGGUGGGCCCAAAAUCUCUCUUUCAGGAGAAUCAUUUUGGAAUCCGAUUGUUCGAGUAUUGUGACAGCAUUAAACAGUUUGACACUUAGCUUCCAUUCAAGUUUAGGUGCUAUUUUGUUAGACUGCAAACGAUUAAUGACCAUGUUCCUUUCUUGCCAUGUCCAACACGUACAAUGAGAAGCCUUAUGUUUCAAUGAAUUUUGAUCUAGCGCGGGCAACUUUGCACUCUUCCACAUUCCAAAACACCAGCAGCAUGAAGGGUUCACUGGAAUGCACAUCUGUUCUGCUAAAUUAUUUUUUGUCCUGAACUGGUACAUAAUUGAUAAGCAUAAUGCUGAUGGUCACUAACCAAGAUUCAACUGUUUUCCUGCAUCCUGAUUGUGUUAUAUGGGUAAGUUAUUUUCAACCUCUAAAGCAUUGAAAUCUCUGUUGCUCUCCAUGAACUGAUGAACAAACUCUCUUGAAUGUUCGGAACUUAGGUAAGAUUUCCUUAAAGCUACUGCCUGCCUGCUGAAAUGUUUCUUGUUGAACUUCUCUUUCCCAGUCCUCUUCAAAUUGAUAUGCAACACCUGGAUUGCAUUCUUAGAUAAUGUUUGACUAUUUCUAUUUCCCAGACACUCUUGAAUUGAAGAAUAAUUAACAUAACAAUAU